AAAGGCUAGGUGGACCGGAAGUGGGAAUCAGCGCGCACCCACUGCGCACACUCCCUGUUCUGGAGGUCGGGAGCACCACGUGGACAAUGGCGGAUAUGGGUGAGGCGGACCAAGCCGAGUUGCAGCGCCUGGUGGCGGCAGAACAGCAGAAGGCGCAGUUUACUGCACAGGUGCAUCACUUCAUGGAGCUAUGUUGGGACAAAUGUGUGGAUAAGCCAGGGAAUCGCCUCGACUCUCGCACUGAAAAUUGUCUCUCUAGCUGCGUGGAUCGCUUCAUUGACACUACACUUGCUAUCACUAAUCGGUUUGCCCAGAUUGUACAGAAAGGAGGGCAGUAGGCCAUUCCCUUGGAGAAUGAUGGAAGCUGCAAAGGACUUAAGCAAGAGCCAGUGGGGGCAAAUUGUCAGCCCACUGUCAGGUCAACUUCAGGCUAAUACCAGGCCUGUUGGUGCUAAAAAGUAACAGAUCAAAUGUUCAAAUGUGAAAUUUAUUUGGAAUUCACAGUUUCAUAUUGUAUCACAGAAAUUAUUCAAUAAAUGUGAAUUCCCCAACUUUUUUUAAAAUCUCAUUUUAGGAUUUAAUAAUAUCUCCGAUCAGCAGGAACACUAGAAAUGAAUAUGUUCCAAGGCUAGUAGUGCAAGUGGGAGAUCAUUGUCUUUUGAAGAGUCACCCUAAGCCAUAUUUAAGGUGCUGGAAGAACCAUCAAAGCCCUAGCCUAAGGCACAGAAGAAAAUUUAGGGUUGAGAAAGGUGAAGAACAGAAACAGCUUUAUUGCUUAUAUAUGACCAAGAAAAGGUAAACAUGGCAAAAAACAAAACAGGCAAAGAUGUGUAUUUGUUGGGAAAGAGGCCUGCUACUAUGGGAAGAAGGAAGGCCAGGACUCAACUUCCUGGAGAGGCCUUGUUCUAUUCACCUAUCCUGAAUCUGUGCUUAGAAUCAGUACUUUUAUAGCACAGAAACACUGCU